AUGGAUCAGUUGGCUGAAAAGACUCAGAAGGCCAGGGUCCUUUUUGUAAAGCUGCAAUAUACCAACAAGUGUGUUAAUGAUAUGGAAUCAGAGAAAACAGUUGUUAAAAUUUGUGUUUGUGAAAUCAACCAAUACUUGAAAAGGCUUGUGGAGACUCGUGACUCCUUUUUCACAGUCUCAGUUCGACAACAACUUUCGGACAAACUACAAAAAGUCUUUGCUAUGCUAAAUCAGAUAAAAGGUGUUUCGGGGAGUGGAGAAGAAGAAGAAGAAGAAGAAGAAGAAGAAGAAGAAGAAGAAGAAGAAGAAGAAGAAGAAGAAGAAGAAGAAGAAGAAGAAGAAGAAGAAGAAGAAGAAGAAGAAGAAGAAGAAGAAGAAGAAGAAGAAGAAGAAGAAGAAGAAGAAGAAGAAGAAGAAGAAGAAGAAGAAGAAGAAGAAGAAGAAGAAGAAGAAGAAGAAGAAGAAGAAGAAGAAGAAGAAGAAGAAGAAGAAGAAGAAGAAGAAGAAGAAGAAGAAGAAGAAGAGAAGAAGAAGAAGAAGAAGAAGAAGAAGAAGAAGAAGAAGAAGAAGAAGAAGAAGAAGAAGAAGAAGAAGAAGAAGAAGAAAGAAGAAGAAGAAGAAGAAGAAGAAGAAGAAGAAGAAGAAGAAGAAGAAGAAGAAGAAGAAGAAGAAGAAGAAGAAGAAGAAGAAGAAGAAGAAGAAGAAGAAGAAGAAGAAGAAGAAGAAGAAGAAGAAGAAGAAGAAGAAGAAGAAGAAGAAGAAGAAGAAGAAGAAGAAGAAGAAGAAGAAGAAGAAGAAGAAGAAGAAGAAGAAGAAGAAGAAGAAGAAGAAGAAGAAGAAGAAGAAGAAGAAGAAGAAGAAGAAGAAGAAGAAGAAGAAGAAGAAGAAGAAGAAGAAGAAGAAGAGAAGAAGAAGAAGAAAGAAGAAGAAGAAGAAGAAGAAGAAGAAGAAGAGAAGAAGAAGAAGAAGAAGAAGAAGAAGAAGAAGAAGAAGAAGAAGAAGAAGAAGAAGAAGAAGAAGAAGAAGAAGAAGAAGAAGAAGAAGAAGAAGAAGAAGAAGAAGAAGAAGAAGAAGAAAGAAGAAGAAGAAGAAGAAGAAGAAGAAGAAGAAGAAGAAGAAGAAGAAGAAGAGAAGAAGAAGAAGAAGAAGAAGAAGAAGAAGAAGAAGAAGAAGAAGAAGAAGAAGAAGAAGAAGAAGAAGAAGAAGAAGAAGAAGAAGAAGAAGAAGAAGAAGAAGAAGAAGAAGAAGAAGAAGAAGAAGAAGAAGAAGAAGGAGAAGAAGGAGAAGAAGAAGAAGAAGAAGAAGAAGAAGAAGAAGAAGAAGAAGAAGAAGAAGAAGAAGACAAAGAAGAAGAAGAGGAAGAAGAAGACGAAGAAGAAGAAGAAGAAGAAGAAGAAGAAGAAGGAGCCUUCUGAAUCUGAGAAGCUUAUGCAAAAGAAGAGAGACAAAGAACUUGAUGAUCUUCUGAAAAUUUGGAAGGAGUUAGAAGCACAAGAAGCUGAGGCUAAAAUUAAAAAAUUUGCGCUUGAAACUCAAAAUUCAUUCUUUCCUCCAUGUGCUUUUAUGUUUCGAUGCUUAGAGAAGGUAGAAAAGACUCGGAUUUCUAACAAAGAGGUGAAUCUGAAACUCUUCAAUUUCUACUUGACGUAUGCUAAGCCUGAGUAUCAGACUUGGAGCCUGAAGAGGAUUAUGGGUUUGAAGGUUUGCUCGGCUGUGCAUACUGAAGAUUUUGUGAACAUAGGGUUCAAGGGAUUUUGUAGCGUCGAUAAGGUGUUGGAUUAG